AAUUUUAAAAAAAAAUGACAGAUAAAAUAUAAUUUUAUAAUAAAACUGCAGAAGAAACGUUAGCUAUCUUAGGAAGUGACAUAUAAAAAGGGCUGAACUAAACCAAAGCCGAAGCUCUUCUAUAAAAGUAUGGACUUAACGAAUUACAAAAAGAAGUCGGAGAAUCUAUAUGGGAGAAAAUAAAAGAAUAGUUUGAAGAUAUUCUUGUUAGAAUUUUAAUAUUAGCUGCUCUUAUAUCCUUUGUAAUAUCAUAAUUUGAAGAUCAUGGAGAUGAUCAUGGAGUACCAUCUUGGGUUGAGCCUGCUGUAAUUUUCACUAUUUUAAUAGUAAAUGCAUUUGUAGGAAUCUGGUAGGAUUUAGAUGCUGAAAAAGCGAUUUCUGCUUUAAAAGAUCUAUAAUCGCCUCAUGCAUUAGUUUUAAGAGAUGGAAAAUGGGUUGAAAUUGCUGCUAAAUUAUUAGUGCCUGGAGAUAUUGUUUAAGUAUCAUAAGGCGAUAAAAUACCUGCUGAUUUAAGACUUAUUGAAUUAAAAACUAUAACCUUAAAAGCCGAUUAAUCUAUUUUGACAGGAGAAUCUGAUCCUGUAAAUAAAACUAUAAAACCAAUUGAAAAAAGUUAACAAGUAGGUGUAUUGGACAAAUUAAAUUACUUAUUUGCUGGAACAUUAAUUAAUAAUGGUUCUGCUUUAGCUAUAGUAGUUUAAACAGGAAUGAAUACUGAAAUUGGUUAAAUUCAAAAAGAAGUUUAAGACGCUGCUAAAGAUACUAAGGAUGAUGAUUCCCCUUUGAAAUAAAGAAUCAAUGAAUUCGGUGAUUAAUUAGCUAAAUAUAUCUCCUACAUAUGUAUAGUAUGCUGGGCUAUGAAUAUUCCUAAUUUCACCGACGAAGCUUUCGGACAUUGGUUUAAAGGAGCUAUGUAUUACUUUAAAGUAGCCGUUGCUUUAGCUGUAGCAGCCAUCCCUGAAGGUUUACCAGCUGUUAUUACUACUUGUUUGGCUUUAGGUACUAGAAGAAUGGCUAAGAAGAAAGCUAUUAUUAGAAAAUUACCCUCUGUAGAGACUUUAGGAUGCACAACUAUUAUUUGUAGUGAUAAAACCGGAACUUUAACUACAAACGAGAUGUGUGUAGAAAACUUCUUUUUGAUAUCAGACAAGGAAGGAAACCGUAUUUAAAAUUUCACAGUAUAAGGACAUUCUUAUAAUCCUGAUGGAAAUAUUGAUGUACUAGAAUAAAACCCUAAUAUGAAAAACUUGAGAUAAUUUGUAACUUCCAUGGUAUUAAACAACGAAUCUAAACUUAUGUAUGAUAUCGAGAAAAAAAAAGUAAAUAGAACUGGUCUCCCUACAGAAGCCGCAUUAAAAGUAUUAGCCGAAAAAAUAGGAAAAUAUGACCCUUAAUUCAAAAAUAAAUAUACUUCAUAUCAAUAAGGAGGCUAAGUUGAGUAAUAUGGAGAAUUCUUAUCUUCUGAAUAUACAAAAUUAGCUACUUUGGAAUUCACUAGAGAUAGAAAAUCCAUGAGCGUGUUAAUGAGAGGAAAAAAAGACCAAAAAAACACCCUUUUCAUAAAAGGAGCCCCUGAUUAUUUAUUAAAAAAAGCAAGCAAAAUACUCAAUGUAGAAGGAGAAAUAGUAUCAUUUAAUGAGCGCUCUAAAGCCGAUUUUGAACUCCAAAUUAAAGAAUACGCCAAAUAAGGGCUCAGAACACUCGCAAUUUGUGUUAAAUUCGAUACUGGAAUAUUAGCAGAUUACAACGGUCCAGAACAUAAGGCCUUUAAAGAGCUUGAAAACAGCGAAAAUUAUGCUAGAUUGGAAGAUGAUCCUAUUCUUAUUGGUGUAGUAGCAGUUAGAGAUCCUCCUAGACCCGAAGUUAAGGACUCUAUUAGGAAAUGUAAGGAAGCUGGUAUUUCUGUAAUUAUGAUUACGGGAGAUAUUAAAGAAACUGCAGAAUCUAUUGCUAGAGAUAUUAACAUUAUUUAAAACGGAGAUGAAUAAAAUAGAUCUUUGACAGGAUUUUAGUUCGAAAACUUAUCUGAAGAAGAAUAAAUUAGAAAAAUGUAAUUGGUUAUAGAUUAGCCUUCAGGCUUUGUAUUUUCCAGAACAGAUCCUAGACAUAAAAGAUAAUUAGUAAAAUUACUUUCUGGAUAAAAAUAAAUCGUAGCAAUGACUGGAGAUGGUGUAAAUGAUGCCGCUGCUAUCAAAUAAGCCAAUAUAGGAAUAGCUAUGGGUAUUUCAGGUACUGAAGUAGCCAAAGAAGCUUCUGAUAUGAUUCUUUCUGAUGAUAAUUUCUCAACUAUUGUAGCCGCAGUAGAAGAAGGAAGAGCCAUAUAUGCUAAUAUGAAAGCCUUUAUUAGAUAUAUGAUCUCAUCUAAUAUAGGAGAAGUUGUAAGUAUUUUCUUAUCAAGUAUUUUAGGAAUACCUGAUGGCUUUAAUUCUGUUUAAUUAUUAUGGGUUAAUUUAGUUACAGAUGGUUUACCAGCUACUGCUUUAUCAUUUAAUCCCGCAGAUCCAGAUUGUAUGAAAAAACCACCAAGAAGACAUGAUGAACCAUUAAUUAGUGGUUUUGUAUUUUUCAGAUAUUUAAUUAUAGGUACAUAUGUAGGUAUUUCCACUGUUUUUAUUUUUGUUUAUUAUUAUGUUGCUUAUGAUUGGGCUGGUGAUGGUCAUCCUUUAAUUGAUUUCCGUCAUUUAAAAAAUUGGAGUGAAUGUUCAACUUGGAAAGAUUUCUCAGUACCAUCUUUUGGUAAAUAUAACUUCUCUCAACAUCCAUGCAAUUACUUUAGUUGGGGCAAAUAAAAACCAAGUACUUUAUCUUUGACUACUUUAGUUAUUAUUGAAAUGUUAAAUGCUCUCAAUGCUCUUUCAGAUGAAGGAUCGUUAAUUAGUAUAGGACCUCUAGCAAAUCCUUAUUUAGUUCUGGCUAUUAUAGGAUCUGUUUCUUUACAUUGUAUGAUAUGUUAUGUACCUUUCUUUGAAAAAAUAUUCAAUACUGUACCAUUGACUACUAAUGAUUGGAUUCUUGUAAUUAUGUGUGCGUUUCCUGUUGUUAUUAUAGAUGAAUUUCUUAAGUUUAUUGCAAGAUAAAAAACUUAAUCUGAUUUAAAGAAAAGAAUGGAAGAACAUAAACAUCAUAAAUAAGAUUGAUUAUUUUUUAUAAAUAUUAUUUUAUUUAAAUAGUUUUUCUUUGUCAUUAAAUAUUUAAUUAUUUUUAAAAAGU